AUGGGUCUGACACUGUGCUGCUGGCUGAAGGACGGCCAUCCCAAAAAUCACCAUCAACCCUCAUCAGCAUUCACUCCGUAUUCUGUGACUCCGCCCAUUCGGCUCGCUGUGCUUUUAGAUACGCCUCCUGUUGCUCCCGGAAACCCUCGAUCGCAGUGGAGUCCGACACACCUGUCUCCUAACCUACAGGUGUGUGCGUCAGGCGUCCGAGUGUAUCGCGGACAUGUGGAGCAGAGCAGUGAUGCGGCCCGGGCUGCGGUCGGCAUAUCAACAGGCCUCCAUAUAUGGGAGGUGAAGUGGGAGGGGCAACAAAGAGGAAGCCACGCCCUCCUGGGAGUGUCCACUCAUAAAUCCCCCCUGCAGGCGUCCGGAUAUAAAGCACUGAUAGGUGGAGACUCAUGCUCCUGGGGCUGGGAGCUCUCAACCAAUCAGCUGUGGCAUGAUGGGAAGGAGGGGAGGAGUUACCCAGGAGGCGGAGCCACAGGUGUUUUGAGCGUGCCAGAUCGUGUGUUAUUGGUGGUGGAUGCAGAUGCGGGGACGCUGGGAUAUGUGGCGGACAACUGCUAUUUGGGCGUGGCCUUCCAGGACCUGCCCAAAGGGGUGGAGCUUUUCCCUGCAGUGAGCUGCGUUUGGGGUGGAGCUGAGAUUUGCAUACGCUAUCUGUGCGGCACCACACGUGACGUACCUGCUCUUCAGGCUCUCAGUCGUCUCUCUGCACGUAGGGCUCUCAGACUCCACGGGCCCCAAAACCACACACGCUCCUUGCCUUCAGCUCUACAGCGCCUCCUGCAGGAACACACACACCACAAGAACACAUCUAAACACACACAAACUCAAAUGUUAUCGGUCAGUCAUAUGCGCAAUAUGAUCUGCAGUGAAAUACUUGCACAAACAAUAACAAUGACAUGAUUAAUAAUAAUACAAUCUAAAUUGUGGAGA